AUGCAGUCGGGAAAUAUGAAUUUCUCUUUGUCGUACCAAGAAGUAUACUGCUUUAUUGGUAUCCUUAUUUUGUCUGGUUAUGCUCCGUUGCCGCGAUGCCGCAUGUACUGGGAGAGCAUUGAAGAUACCCGUAACAUUCUUGUCGUAAAAAGUAUGCGCCGCAAUCGAUUUGAAGAGAUAUCGCGUUAUUUCCAUGUGGCCGAUAAUAUUGCACUGCCUGAAAAUGAUAAGAUGGCAAAAGUACGCCCGCUGAUUGAUAUGCUAAAUGCUAAAUUUCUACAGUAUACUCCUAUCGAAAAGCAAAUAAGCAUCGAUGAAUCCAUGGUUCCGUAUUACGACAGGCAUGGUUGCAAACAGCACAUCAAAGGGAAGCCAAUAAGGUUAGGGUUCAAAUGCGGAUUGAUGCCACGAGAUUGGGCUACUGCCUAUAUGCCGAUCCCAAUCAAGGGUGGGCUGAACGUGCAGAAACAAGAUUAG